GUCAUCUCCGGCAAAAUAACAACUCGAAAUUCCUGCGUGUCGCGCUUUCCUAAAGGCGCUUAUUCAUGCGGCUGACCUUGAGAGUUCUUAAGUUCAAGGUUUCUUGUCCCUUGUUACGUCGUCUGCGGACAAGCUUUUCUCUUUUUUUUGUCCCGUCAAUGAUGGGUCCGUCAAGACCGAGCUGAAAGAGCAAGGCAAAGUGAAGAUGUUCAUAACUGUUGCUUUUUGUGUAAGGUGAACGACCAACCUAACUGUACACUACCUGCAGUUGACUUAUCGUUUUUGACUACACACGAUGUCCCUAUCCACCGUGUUCGUGACCGGGGGCGCCGGAUACAUCGGCAGCCACUGCAUCGUGGAGCUCCUCAGCGCCGGAUACGAGGUCAUCGUCGUCGACAACUUCGUCAACAGCGUGAACGGGCCCGACGGCGAAGCCAUGGCCUUGAAGCGCGUCGAGACCAUCACUGGGAAAAGCAUAACCUUCUACGAGUGCGACCUGCUGGACAAGGGCGCUCUGGAGGAGAUCUUCUCCAAGCAUAAAAUCGACUGCGUCAUCCACUUCGCCGCCAUAAAAUCCGUCGGGGAGUCGAUGGAGUAUCCGCUGCUAUACUACAAGAACAAUCUAAUCGGGAUGCUAAAUCUGCUCGAAAUUAUGGAACAAUUCAGCUGCUACCAACUAGUUUUUUCUAGUUCGUGUACGGUGUAUGGUGAACCUAGUUUUCUACCAAUCACAGAGGAGCACAGCGUGGGAAAUAGUAUCACGAAUGUGUACGGAAAAACCAAAUAUUUUAUCGAGGAGAUGCUGCAAGAUAUCACGCAUGCUAACAAAAAGUGGAAUAUUAUAGCGCUGCGGUAUUUCAACCCUUUGGGGGCCCAUCCCUCGGGGCUGAUGGGUGAAGACCCCAUUAAACCGUUCGCCAAUAUUAUGCCGCUGAUUUCGCAAGUGGCGAUGGGGCGCUUACCAGUUUUGACCAUUUUUGGCGGGGAUUAUAACACAGAGGACGGGACGGGCGUUCGGGAUUACAUCCACGUUAUGGAUUUGGCCACAGGUCACGUGGCAGCCCUCAGCCUCCUCCAAAAAUCCCACCAAAACUACAAAGUAUACAAUUUAGGUACAGGAGAAGGAGUUUCAGUGCUCCAGCUCGUAAAAACGUUUGAAAAAGUCACCGGGACCACGAUUCCGUUCAAAAUAGUGGAGAGGCGAGAAGGCGACAUCUCGGUAAUGUACGCCAACGCAGACCUCGCCGAAAAGGAACUGGGGUGGAAAUCAAAACACACCCUGGAGGAAAUGUGCACUGAUUUCUGGAGAUGGCAGACGAUGAAUCCGCACGGAUAUCGCAACAAAACGACCAAAAUGACCAACGGGCAUCACUAAAUAAAUUUACUUACUUUUGUA